GUGACGUUGGUUUCUGCAGGUGUGCGGUAUUGCAGCAGCAUGCAGUGUUUAUACAGCAAGCUCCACGAUUAAAACAAGAGAAAAACCAAACAAACACACGCAGAAACGAAAGUUACACAGAAUGGUCGCAAACAUGACCAGCUUUGAAGAUAUGAAACAACUUGAAGCAAGUGGCGCCGUCUCACCAUCGGAGCAAAAAGACCACAUAGGGAGUGAAGCUUCCACAGAAGAGAGCUCAGAAAGUGAAGAUUCUGAUGAAAGUGUAGCUGAGAAUGAAUUGGAAAAAGAAGAAACAAACGAGGGAAGUUUGAACUCUGAGCACAGUGCAGAUGGAGAAACUGAGUUAUCUACUCUGAAAUCAGACUUUUAUAUUAAGCCUAUCUGUGAAAAAUGCAAGACCAGGCAGAAUCAAUCCUACGAACAAGUAACUCCAAGAAAAUUAUCAAAGGGACGAUUACUCUUAACACUGGAUAACGAAGGCUCCUACCAGUGUUUAGUCACGGGUUUGAUGUUCGAAGUUUCGGAGAAGGUUAAAAUCACGUAUGCAAUACUGUCCUGGAGCAAGUAUGGAACGUAUUUGAAAGAACCAUGGAAGUUAGUUGGUCCAAUAUUUGACGUGAAUUGUGACCCCACCAUUCUCAAAGCCAUCCACUUUCCCCAUUCACUCUGCUUGGGUGAUCAUGAAAGUGACAUGAAGUUUGGAGUUCUGCACAUUAAGGACAAUGCCUCCGUAAUAGAAUCAUCCUCUGAUCACUCUGCUUCCCAUAUUAAAUGGAAUGUCACUUCUCUGUCACCUGUGGGUCCCAUUGUUCAGACAUCACAACACAUAGAACAUCAUGGCGUGGUUCUUCUAUACAAAGUGUUAGACAGUCAUCCCUCGGCAUCGUUUCGUGUAUAUUUAGCUACAAACAACAACUCGGAUAUCAAGGAUAUAUCUAAAGAUGUCAAGCAGGCAAAUAAAGCAUACAUCAAAAUUGAUAAGCCUCCUAUCUGUCAGAAACUGCUGCUGGAAAAAAAGAAAUACAGACUAAUCAGUGAGCCAGAAGCCGACGUAACACCCGAGGAAAUACAGUUCACAUUAGAUGCAGUCAGAUUUAAAGGCUACUUUGAGGUUUAUUUUGAACAGCCAGUCCUGUUUAAACUGUCACUGGUUGAAGCUGACUCCGGUCUCGCUGUCUGGACUACAACACUACGAGAAUGUGAUUGGAAUACAAGCAAUUUUAAGGAAACAGCUAUCAAGACCGCAGCAAAUGGGAUUAAGAGAAAGCGAUCAAUCAGCAGUUCUGAGGAAAACAACAAUAAGAAAUUCAAACGUGCUGACACAACAGAUGGAUCAAGGUCCAGCAAGAACCUGUGUAUUACUGAGCAACAGCUUAUGAGAAUUGCAAAGGUUUUUGGUAAAGAGUGGAAACAGCUUGGCAUCAGCUAUCUGAAUAUCUCAAAGAACGAUAUCGAUCAGAUUCAAGAAGAAGACAAAGACGACCUAGCGAUGCAAAAAUUUAACAUGCUUCUGGAAUGGAAAAAGAAGGCAAAGGACAAUGCAACGAUAAAAGACCUCUACAAUAGCCUUCAUGAUCCAGAUGUUCCAUAUGUGGUAAAGAAGCUCCUUCAAGACAUGAUGAAUGAAAUGGAAGUGGAGCCACUAACAUUCACAGGGGCGUUAUGAACACGUUAUGAAGAGUCAAGCUGAACUUAUUGUAUUCAUUUUGAUUGGAAAUGUGAAGAACUGUUUUCAUACACUUUACUGGAACUUUUCUUGUCGGUUUUUAUUCAGGUUAGGCAUAGUUGUCUUCUUGCAGUAUAUACUUUACACUAGCUCCUAAAGGGAUCUGCUAAUAUUUGGUGCUUAAAUAAUGCAGUGUAGUAGCGUAAGCAUGAAAUGCACCAGGACUGCCAGUAAGAGAACCACUGUGACCUGUGAGCUAUCCCCAUAGAAGCGAAAACAUCCAUCUGACAAAAACAUUGCUUCUUGAUGGCAAAAACCAAUAUCUUGGACUGAAGUUAAGAAUUUGCUAUUUUCCAAGUGGAGGAUCUACAGAAGAGGGUACAGAAAGUAUUUUGGUAAAUAGUCAAAAAAUGGGAUAGUAACACUGACAAUCAAACAACUGAUUUCAGCAAAGGUUUGUUUGCCAUUUCUUGUUAAUGGUGUUCUAGCCACAAAGUGGCUCCAUUUGUAUCGAUGUACUGCAGUAUGUUUAAUUAUUUUCAGGUAUCAUACAAACUGUAUGCAGCUUUGCGAAGAACAAAGCUAUUAGCAUAGAGGAAUACUGGAUAUUGUCUUUAUGUAGGUAACAAUAUAUAUAGUUUGCAAAAUAAUGAUGUACUGUAUUUCAAUAAGGUGGCUUUCUCCUCCUCCACCCCAAACCCCAUGAUCACCAGUAGCAAGUCCAUUCCUGGAAUGAAACUCUCCUGUGGCAUAUGGGGAGGUUCAUUCUUCUUACAAAGCUCAAAUGAGUGUGAGAUUUUGAUGUUGGGUAGACAGUUCAUUAAAUAGAGGUGUGGCUGUUGGACAAGCCAAGGUCAUAUGCCGAUGGUGUUAGCUGAGUAACCACUAUGCUGCUGCUUCAACUUUACCUACAUGCUCAUUGAAAAAAAAAUAAACUGCCACUGUAGGGUUAUGAGCUAAUACAGCUAAACAUUUUUGUUCUUAGUCAGAUAUAAUGGCUACAGUUGGUGUGGAUACCACUGUGUGUGUCCUAUCUGUGGGGUCAAGGGCUCGUUUUAAAAUACUAAGCAAAGGAUUGACACGCCUAUAGACCUUCCUAGUUCACCUCCAUCCAGUUUUGGCCCUAUAGAGUGAACCUGACCAACUCCAGACAGGGAAACGGUAUACUGUGUUCUUAAUCAUGAUUCAAUGAAUCGAUUUAUGGAUGACA